AUGUCUACACAGCAAAAUCAAAAGGCAUGCCCCUCCACCCGACAAAGAUUCGUCAAUUUCCUCAGCAUUUUUGACUACGAUCUUUUACAAGAAGAGAAUUUUCUCGGCGGAAAACCAUGCUCAUUUUGGACGGUGUUUCACACAGGGACUCAAAACGAAGAGGAUGAUCCUUUUACAACAUUCAGCGUCGCCAACCUAGAUAUGUUAGAAAACAAGCUCGAUCCUGACUGGCGCCGUAUCAUGAUUCAAGAGGAGACCGGAUUUGAACUCGAAGAAAUUUCUACACCAGAGAAGCCCCCACUGAGCAUCACCGUUGAAAUGUCUCGUCAGCGGCCACCCAUGUAUCCUAUUGAAUGGCAGAAUAUAUUAUUCAUCACAUUCGACAAUGCUGCCAGACACCCAGACACGCCAGUCACUGUUGCGAGAUGGACGCGUAAUGAAGAUCUUGGUAAGAAAUGGUAUAUUAGCAGGCUUGCUGAAGAGGAGGUUCCAAAGAAUACAAAGUUCCGAGACCAUAAGAAGAUUCCAGAAGAGGGAUGUGUGAGGAUUUUUGGAAAAGUUAAGAGGGCGGUUGGGAGAGCGUUUAGAGAAUCUGCGACGUGCGGACAGUCUACGACGUUUGAAGCUAUGAAAAAGACGGAACCAAUUGCUCGUUGUAAUACAACCAGGGCGACUAGAGAGUCUGCGACGGUUAGGGUCAGGGGUGAGAUGGGGUCGCUUGCUCGUAGUAAGACUGGAAGGUUUAGUUGGGGUCAACGGAAGGUGGAGAAAUAA